AUGAAGAUUCUCGCGCGCCAUAUCGAGCGCGACGGCAGCGGGCACGUCACUGUCGUCCCAGAGGUCGAUGAGGAUUUAUACCAUCUUUAUAACCUUAUCCAGCCGGAAGACCUGGCGCGUGCCUCUGCUGUGCGCCGCGUUCAGUCCGAGUCAAGCACCGGCUCUGUCGAGUCGCACCGAGUCCGUCUCCAGCUCACAGUCCGCGUCGCAAAGCUGGAUUUCGAGAUGGCCGGUGGUAAUGGUAUGUCGAGCAUGACUAGUGGCGAAGCGACGGUCCCGCUCGGCAAUAUUGGUGCGCCGGAUAGUGGCAGCGAUCCAAACUCGGCGACAUCCACACCGGCGCAGUCUACUGUGCUUGGCGAGGCGGAUGGCAUGGCACAGUCAUUGUCGCUUAGUGGCGCAGCUCAAGGUGAGCCGACGUUGCACAUUUCUGGCCGUGUUGCUGAAGAGAACCCCCAAGUGCGCUCGGGCUCCUUCCAUACCCUCGACAUUGAGCUCCAGCGCAAACUCACCAUCACCAAGGAGCAGUGGGACGAGCAGCAUCUCAAGGUGCUGGAAGAGAGUGGGGAGGCCAGCAACUCGGCAGAGCUUGGUGCGGUGAUUCUCGGCGAAGGCAAGGCGAUUGUCACUCUGCUGACGAACAACAUGACGCUGGUUCGCCAGCGGAUCCAAGUGUCCAUGCCUCGCAAACGCUCCGGCGCAGGCUAUGGUGCGGCAUCGGGAAAUGUGGCAAAGCUCUCGGAGCGGUUCAAUACACAAGUAUACAAUGCAGUGGUAAAGCUGCUCUCGUUGCCGUCCAUGCGCGUUGUGAUCCUCGCCUCGCCUGGCUUUUGGCGCGACUCCAUGUACGACUUUUUGCUUGCCGAGGCGGUACGGCGCAACGAUAAAAUACUGCUUGGCAGCGAGGGGAAGCGCAAGCUGCUCAAGGUGCACAGUCCCAACACGCACAUCCAUUCGCUCGUGGACGUGCUGAAAAGCCCCGAGGUGGCAGCGCAGCUGCAAGACACAAAGUUCGCGCGCGAGAAUAGGAUCAUGGACCAGUUCUUGCGCACUUUGUCUACAGACGAUCUGCGUGCAUGGUACGGCGAGCGUGCGGUCGUUCUUGCGGCGUCGCGCGGCGCCAUCGGCACGCUGCUUAUCUCCGAUGCGCUUUUGCGCAACGCACAUCCUGUGCGCCGGAAGCAGUGGAUGGAGUUGUUCGAGCAAGUCAAGGGGUAUGGUGGCACUGUCGUCGUUUUUUCUUCUCUGCAUGAGAGCGGAAGGCAGCUGAAUGGAUUGGGCGGCGCGGCUGCUCUGCUCACGUAUCCUUUGGACCUCGAUCUAGUCGAGGAGGAGGAAGUAGACGCUGCUAAGGAAAAGGGCGGGGAAGCAAUUUCGUAA